CAGGACUCACUAUAUCCAAAGAACCCUCACAAUAAUAGUGGCAAAAGGAGGCAACCUCUCUCUUUAUCAUUUCUCUCAAGCAAACACAUUAACCCCACGAUACUAUCACCAUGACACGUUGGCAGCAACGCCUGGAUCUCUUCGCGGCGGAUCACGCCGCCGAUUCCUCCAACAGUGACGACGAUCCGGAUAUUCUGUUUCUCGUUAAUCCUGCUAGCGCUGGUGGGAAACCCAUGGAACCCUACGCCGAUUGCUUGGCCGAAUUGAAAGCUACAGGACGACACGUGGAAGUCUACAUCUCCCGAAACAGCGACGAUAUCAUUGGUCUCAGCAAGACCAAGGACUUGUCCUCCUACAAGGCAAUAGCAGUGUUAUCUGGCGACUCGACACUCUACGAGUUGGUGCAAGACCCUUUGCGCGAAAACAAUGGUAGAUGGCCCUAUGAUGCUCCUAUCCUCAUGUUGCCCGGUGGAUCUGUGAAUGUCAUUGCCACUGAAAACUUUGGUGCCAAGGCAUUGCCACGGCAGAUCAUUCGACAAACUUUGAAUGCUGCCAGCAACAAUGCUCUAGUGAAAAAGGCUUCUGUCAUGCACGUGUCCUCGGAGACUGCUACCUCACGUUACAUACUCCACCAUGGUGCAGGGGGCAUUUCCGGCAAGGUAUUGGCGUACAUGGAAGGACGACGUGCAGAUAUCUAUCCGACUCUGGGCAAUAUUGGAAUGUUGUUUACGCUGCUGUUCCACUUGCCAUUCGUCUCCACCAACGACAUUGCGGGCCCGGUUUUCUUUGACGUUUGGAAUAGCGACAUUGAAGCAGGCAAAGACAUGGGUUUUGGCGUGCGGCGCUUUGAUUCCAACAUGACUGUGGUCACAAUUCCCAAAGACAAGUAUCCUGGCAAAAUUGAAAUCAUCCGUUUGCUUCCAAAGCUCAUUUCCGGGGCCAUUGCCAAGUCUUGGAAAGAGGGAAAUGCACCAGAGUACCUGUCGAUCGAAAAGACAAAUAAGCAUGCCCAUCAAGUAGAUUCCACCAGAACAGCAGAAGGGGCCGUCACGACCAUCUAUGGCGAUGGGUCUGGCAAAGUCCCCUUUGUGAGCAGUGAUGCAAAGAUCACCGUGUAGUCCAUCCCGGAAUCCUUAGCAUUGAUCACGGCAAAGGACCCGACGUUGCUGCUAGAAGAAUCAUAGACACCUUGGUUUGGUCGGCACACUUACUUGUUCUAGCUAGUUUCUCGCUGGAUGGGAGUUUGCCCGCUGGUGGUAGCAAGAUGCCAGCCAAUGUUUCAAUCCAAACACCGCUGUAAUUUGAAGACUUGAAGACUACUGUAGUCGCUAGGUUUGAUUUGUCAUUCUUUUCCGUUUGAGAGCUUCAGCUUGUUCCUGCACUAAGCCGUUGGUGCUUGCUUUUAGUCCGGUGCACAAUCUAAGGUAUUGUUGCUCUCCGAGAUGGCGACCGGCACAGCAGGCCAUGUACCACGCAUCAAAAACGGCACGAUGUUCUCUUUUGUUUCCACCUUGUCUUGGUCUAGCGCUCCUAUUGACUAUGUUUCAUUUAUCUUUAGAGUCUACUUUAAUAGUGGCUUUUCUAUUGGGUUGCUUCGUUUAUAUUGUCUAGCAUACUAUUUUUCAGAAGCACACAGUAGUACCGUAGCAAUGCAGCCAGCCAUGACUACUUACUUGAUCAUCACACGACGAUUGUCGCCAUCAUCAUCUGUCAGAUAACCACUCAAGAGCAACGUCGUCCGCACAUUGACCGACUGGCUGUACGUCACGGAUGCCGCUUCCGGGAUGGAAUCGCAGACGCCGCCUACACCAGUAGACAACAUGGACGAUGCGGGAGAAACCGGUGGCGUGGUGGAUCCAUCCAUGGAAUAGGUGUCGUUGGAAGCGACUGUUGUAUCACUGGACCCUGACGAUUUCAAUUGCAAUGGAUCUGGUUCAUGGAGCGCUUCUUCUGGCAUGACUCCCCCUUGGAGAUUGCCACUUUUCUCGAAUCCCACUCCUGGUUUCCCUCGUCCACCCAACGUGGGUGGCAAGACAUCCCGAUCCAUGUAUUUCUCCAAUGUAGAUUGUGUGUUUCUGGCAUUGCAUAGUACAAUGGUCUUUUUGAGACUUUCACUGCAAAAGUGCUGUGCAAUGGACCAGACAAUGCGAAAGACAAAGGGUGCUCGGACC